CCUUCUUGUAUAGACUUACUGCUGUAUUUGUUUAUGCUACAUUGGUGUUUCACUGUGGCAAAGAACAAAACGUCGCAGGUUUCCAUCAAAAGGAAAGACAUACGGUGUACAUCCAUGAAGGCGAUGAACUCGUAAAAACGUGUUCUGAAAUAGACAAACUUUUAAACUAUACACGACAUGCUUGGAGGAAAUAUGGAGCUAUUCAUACCUUAAAACAUAACGAGCUUCAUAUCACAAAUACAAGCCCCGGUGAUACGGGAAUAUAUGAAUGUGUCGAUUUAAAUACAUCGUCAGUGAUUUUAGAAAUGGAUUUACAUGUAAUGUAUGCACCGAUACCGGACUCUACAACACCAAUUAAAUCAGAGUUCGGCGCUCCCGUAUCUUCAAAUGUUACAUUGACAUUUUAUGCCGAUGCUGUUCCUAUUCCAAAUGCCUCGGGUUAUACCUGGAGUAGGUGUAUUAACACGACAGAAGGGAAACAAAUUGCCAAUUCAUCAGACGUUGAACGUUCGAUGGUUUAUAAGACAUUGGUUGAAAACGAUAAAAUCACUAUUCAGUCAAAAGGACUUGUUUCAAAGUUGACAUUGCACAAUAUUACUAUCAUUGAUUAUGGAGAAUACAAGCUGACUGUCCAAAAUGGCAUCGGAAUAUCUUGGGAACAAAGUUACACAAUUUGGAGAGAAGGUAGACCCUCAAUGCCGUCUGAGUUUGCCAUUGUGGCUGGUUCAGCUACACAUUUUUCGGUAGUGGUGUCGUGGAAAGGGGGAAGCAAUGGGGGCUCUCGGCAAACCUUCCAAGUUGAGUACACAAUUGCUGAACCAAACAAAGAAGUGUUCCAUGUUUCUGUUGAAGACACCGAACAGGAAAAUGAAAACGCCACACUGACGCAAUUAUCCAGUAAUACCGAGUAUACUGUGAAAAUGACGUCGUCGAACAUACACGGAACGUCGGGUUACACUGACGAGAUAAACUUCAGAACGAUGCAAGGACCAAUCAAAACCUACACAAGAAUGGCAAGUGUAACUAUCAUGGCUUCAUCAGCAAGUGGAGGCGCUCUGUUGCUUGUAUCGGUUGUUCUGCUUAUUGUGUGCAUUCGACGAAGAAAGACGUCAUCAGACACAACAAGGAGUGAACAGGAUGUGUACUCACAUUACGAAAUUGCAGAUAGAGUUAACAUGGGCAGAAUGAUUUCCGCCGAAAACCACGGAACUGCAGGGACUGGAAAUGGUAACGGAUUUAACAGCAGUACCAAUGAACAACAAGACAUGUACUAUUUACACCCUCAACACCAACAGCCAUACGAAACACCCAUUGAUCGUCAGGAUAUUUACUCACAUUACGCAACAGCAGAUACAACAAACAUGGACAAAAGGAGUUCAUCAGCCAAGUGUCUCAUUGACAUAGCAGAAGAGUAUGCUGCCUGUGAAAGAGUUACAAACGACAUGCAGCCCAUUGCUAAAGCAGUUGGAAUUGUGGAAUUCAAACCUAGCGACAUUGUAGAUGGUAAGAACAUUUAA